AAAUCAGUUGCUAAAGAUGAGGGAUAAAGUAAAUACAGUACAGGUAGUUGUAGAGCUUUUGGUGGAUGUGUAGAAACUGUGACACCAAUGAAAUCAAUUUGAUCAACUUUAAAGUUUGUGAUGAUCUUCACCGCUUCUUCUCAGUGAAAAAUUCCUCUUCUGGCUUCAUCGAUUACAGAAAGUAGCAAAAAAUAUUAGAACUAUUAAUAAAACUAGUGUAUAUUAAGACAUUGAUAGUGAAAUAAUCAAAAUAUUUCUAUUGAAACUGACAUUUCUUAUAGCUGAGAACGUCUGAAUGUCAGCUGGAGUCUAGAGACCAACAGGAUAAAGACAAAACUUUUUUUCUUUACUUGGUUCUUUUUCUGUUGUUUACUUCUUUACUGUUUUUUUUUCCUGUUUACUUAUUUAGUCUUUUACUUGGUUCUUUUUCUAUUUUUUACUCUUUUACUCAGUUAUUUUCCUGUUUACUUCUGUUCUUUUUUUUGGUACUUCUUAACUUGGUAAAAAAAAAAUUCAUUACUUUUUUUUCUGUUCUUUAUUUGUUUCCCCCUUGUUUACUUCUUUACUUGGUUCUUCUUUCUGUUUACUUCUUUACUUGAUUCUUAGUUCUUUUCCUAUUUCCAUGUUUAAUUCCUUACUUGGUUCUUUUCCUGUUUACUUCUUUACUUGCUUAUUUUUACUGUUGACUUCUUUACUUGCUUCUUCUUUCCUUAUCAUUUUGUCUUAUUGUCUCAUUUUUAACUCCUCUGGUAUUCUCUUUAAACAAAUCAAAUAACAUACAAACAUUUUCUCUCUCUUUUUUUUGUCCAGCCAGAAACCAUGGGGGCGUAAACUUUUGCACUCCCAGUUGGUCUAGGGUUACGUCGCUGCAGCUCUGUCGCCAUCUGGUGGCGAAAUCGUGCAUGAACUGUAGACCAUGUGACCUGGGACGUCAUCCAACAUGGCCGAAUAACUGGCGGGAAAACAGUUUUAGUUGGUUGCUUGUGAAAUCCGGUGCGAAAAUAUUUAGUUAUUUCUGUCAGUAAAAAAUAAAAAUGGAUCCUUCAGAAGUGGAAUUCCUCGCUGAGAAGGAAAUGGUGAAGAUUAUCCCAAACUUUAGUCUCGAUAAAAUUUAUUUAAUCGGGGGAGACCUGGGACCGUUUAACCCGGGACUGAUGGUGGAGGUGCCCGUGUGGCUGGCACUCAAUCUGAAACAGAGACAGAAAUGCAGAAUCGUUCCUCCGGAGUGGAUGGACGCCGAUAAACUGGAGGAGAUCCGAGAGCAGGAGAGAAGAGAGGAAGCCUUCACCCCGAUCCCCAGCCCUUAUUACAUGGAACUGACCAAGUUACUACUAAACCAUGCUGCGGAUAACAUCCCGAGGGCAGACGAAAUCCGGACUCUGGUCAAAGACAUCUGGGACACUCGCAUCGCAAAACUGCGUCUGUCCGCCGACAGCUUCAUCAGCCAACAGGAGGCUCACGCCAGGCUGGAUAACCUGACUCUGAUGGAGAUCAACACCACACGCACGUUUCUGUUAGAUUCUCUGAACUACAUGUACAAACUGCGCUCCAACCUGCAGCCCGGCUCAGGCCCGGGGAAAUCGCAGGAUUAUUAAUCCGCACCUUCAGGACGUCCACACGGCGCGUCGGUGCCGCAAGGUGACGUUUCCGGCUGCAAAUCGUAGCAGAGUUCAAAAGUAUUUAUUACGGCCGUUCCUCCACGUCGACUUCUUCGCGGACACUUCGGCAGACGAGCGACUGUGGAAAGGCCUGCGGAGGUCACGUGACUGUCUCACCAAGCUGUAGGAGACGUGCGUUUUACUGUGUGUUUAUGAGGGAAAUGUAUUCUUAUUCUACGUUCUCACUGGCGUGACACAAAGGUUCGUUUUUUGCGCGUGUACGCGACAUGGAGACACGGUUUCAUCAACAAGCGACAUUUGAGUUCAGAUUUUCUUGAUUCUGUGCGAAUUAGCUAUGAGGCUGUACAGAGAUACACGAAUUUACCUGUAACUAGUACGGUUUAGCUAAUACAGUUUAGCUAAUACGGUUAGAUUGUUUUGCCAAUCUGCCAAGAAGCUAGUGCGAAGCUGAACACGUAACGUAGUUCAAACAUCCGUUUUUUAGUUCUUCGUUCUCAGGUUACAUUAAUACGUACUAGCUACUUACGCUCACUAGAGUCAGCAGCGAUCUCUGCUGCUUCCUUCCGAGCUUUUUCUUCGUAACUUUCAACGAGAAGUCGUAUCUGACAGGAUUAGGAUGAAACCACGGCUGUUUUUUAUGCGUCAAAGAGGAAACGGGAACUAAUCGAAGGUUAAGAACCGAAGAGGAUCGAUCCGAGGAUUCGUUCGAGCUGAUCGUUUGGAUUUGUCGUAGUUUGCAUAGAAUCGUGUAGAGAAAAGCACAAGUGUACAAAACACUCGCGUGGAAAAUCAACUACACCUGUCGCUCGCUAGUGUGAAUGUCGUUCAUGCGCAUUCGCCCCCUAUUGGACACUUUGUGAACUGCAGUUCUGAACCCACUGAAGUUUAUGGUGAAAUAUGAAAUGUGAAUCUUAUUGUUUAUAAAGAAAAAAAGUGGAAAGGGGGGGGGGAUUAAAACUGUACAUAUGACGUCA